AUCAAGUGUAAGGAGACAGAAUGGUCUGCAGUAGGAAGUACAUCCUGCAGUCUGCGGGAGGUGGAGUACAUCCCAUUCACAGACGGUGGGGCUAUACUGAUCAUGGUCGGGGCCUGUGCGUUGGUGGGCCUCUCACUAGCCAUGUCCGCUCUGUUUGCCAUCAACUACAACACACCUGUUGUCAGAUCUGCUGGGGGACCAAUGUGCUUCUUAAUUUUAGGCUGCCUCAGUCUGUGUAGCCUUAGUGUGUUCUUUCACUUUGGUAAGCCAACAACUUCAUCUUGUAUCUUUAUGUUCUUACCAUUUCUCUUGUUCUACACAGUUUGUCUAGCAUGCUUUGUUGUGCGCUCUUUUCAGAUUGUUUGCAUUUUUAAAAUAGCUGCCAAGUUCAAAAUGGUCAGCAGAUGGUGGAUGAAAUAUCACGGACAAUGGCUGAUCAUCUCUAUGGCAUUUGUUACUCAGGCACUCUUACUUAUAAUUAGCAAUGCUUGUGCACCCCCCAAACCCUCCAAUGAAACAAUGUGGUACCCAGACAAAAUCAUUCUUGGUUGUGACAUUAAUUUCAAAACAUCCUCAGGUGCUUUGGUUUUACUUUUAUCUUUGUGUUUCCUUUGCUUUAUUUUCUCCUACAUGGGAAAAGACCUCCCAAAAAAUUACAAUGAGGCCAAAGCAAUAACCUUCUGCCUGCUCCUGCUGAUCCUCACCUGGAUCAUCUUUGCCACUGAAUAUGUACUCUACCGUGGCAAGUACAUCCAAACACUUAGUGCUCUAGCAGUACUCUCCAGUCUCUUCUCCUUUCUGUUGUGGUAUUUCCUCCCAAAAUGUUACAUUAUCAUUUUUCAACCCCACAGAAACACACAGGAAUAC